AUGGAGCAGCACGUGGUCUUCAUCAACUUUCCCGCUACGGGGCACAUGAACCCCACGCUGCCGCUGGCCAGAGAACUCACUGCGCGAAACAUUCCGGUGACUUACUUUGUGAACGAAAGAGUGCGAGAAGUGGUUGAAGCGACGGGUGCCACAUGGCGCGCCCUCCAGGACCCCAAGCAUCUCACCGAAGAGCAACUCGCAAAGUAUGUCCCACCGGAUGCUGCAAAGGAGGACUACGAGUUUCCCAUGUCCGUGCUGGUCUUCUCUGCGUCCUGCGCACCGCAGCUUAUCCAAGAGCUGCGAGCCCUGAAGCCACCACCGAGUGUUAUCCUCUACGACCCGUUCUUACCCAUAGGCUUGGUUGCGGCACAAGAGCUGGGCAUCCCCUGUGUGGGUACCGUCACAGUUGCCGGACCUGGUGUUAUCGAGGUACCUCCGCCAGUACGACAGAAAUGGGAAUCGAACGGAGUCUCUCAGAGAGCAUGGCAAGAACUGAAAGACCUUUACAACUUGGACGUUUUCGAGCACGGCUCCUUCUUGGAGUUCUACUCCCCGCAUCAAAACAUUGUCUCCACUUGUGACUCUCUCUAUACUGGCCCCAAGACCCCACUACAGCUCGAACGCUUUGGGAACUUCCCUUUCGAACGUGUCGGGCCCUUGCUGAAUUCCAAGAUUUUGCGGCUCUCCAAUGCGGAGCUUGGUGGCACUGUGCCCACGCUGCCGCCUGAGGUGGACGCAGCCAUUGCCGCAGGCAAGAAGAUUUUGUACCUGUCUGCUGGGACGGUGGCGACCGGGCACUUUUGGAGCACCAAGUUCGGCCCCCAGGCGUUUUCCAAUGGCCUCGAUGACUGCACUGGAAAGGAGUUUGUUCAGCUGCUCUUUCGGACGGUGUUCGAAGCCUUUGGAGGUGAUGAUGAAAUGCUGAUCGUGGUCAGCACGGCUCACAAGGAUGCCCUUGAGUGUUUGGAGCUCCCGAGCAACUUGGUGGCCCAGCAGUCGCUCCCGCAGCUGGAGCUGUUGCAGAAGUGCAAUGUCUUUGUCACCCAUGGAGGUGCCAACAGUGUGCACGAGGCUUUGAGCUUUGGUGUUCCUAUGGUGGUGAUUCCCAUCUUUGGUGAUCAGCCCGUGAAUGCCGACACCGUGGCAAAGACGGGCUGCGGGAUCUCCUUCCGUCACCCACUGGAGACUUUAAAUCCGACCGCCUUGAAGGAGGCGGUGGAUCAACUGAUGAUGCCCUCCGUCCGUGAGUCGCUGGAUGCGCUGCGUGUGGAGCUCUCUGCUUCAGGGGGUGUGGUGAAGGCAGCGGAGGUGGUCCUGGCAGCGAACCGCAAGAUGGCGGGCAUGGCCUGGGGCGGUGCGAGCAAUGAGUUGCAAAGAAGGAGCGUGAUUCGUAUGGUGAUUCCUACGGUGAUUCAAUCGAUUCGAGGCACUCUCGAUACUCAGACGAGGUGUGCUUUAACCUUUCUCCAAAAUAAGAAGGGCUCUCCUUCCAAAGAAGUUGGAACGUUGCGUUCUGACGACUUGCGUGUGUUGGCAUUCUUGCGAGUGGUUCGCUUACCCGCUCUCGCGCCGUUGGGUGACUCACUUGAUGAUUCCAUCUACACUGGAAAAGCUUUGGCAGUGGAUUCGUCUUGGCGCUUGUUUUCGCGCCUCUGGUAUUGGGGCCAGGAAGGAGGAGACUUCUAUGGCGACAGUUCCUACGACAGUUCCUUUGAUUCGAGGCGCUCUCGAUACUCCGAUGAGGAACCAUCUCGUGACUUCUAUGGUUCUGACGGCUCUGGAUACUCUGAUGAGGAAGGAGAUUCAUUUGGCGAGGAUUCCUACGGUGAUUCAAUCGAUUCGAGGCGCUCUCGAUACUCAGAUGAGGAACCAUCUCGUGACUUCUACGGAUCCUCUGGGGACUCUGAGGAGCGAUCCAGCGAAUUCUUUGGAGGCUCAUCGAACUCGGAGGAUGCUUCAGAUUCCUGGGGCGACGACUUUGGCGAUUCCUUUCAGGACAGAGACCGAAUGGCCAAGGAUGACGAGGCGUCCAAGGUGAGUGAUGAGGCGAAGAGCUCCGGCGAGGCGGAAUGCGACGAAAGCCGCAAGUGCAUGUGGGGCGAAAGUGUACUGUGUCCUGACAAGAAGUCGAGAUGUGCGGGGAGUGGCUGCUGUCCAGAUGGUUCGAUGUGCCCCUCAGCGCCACCGGGCGCAACAGGUUGCUCAAUGGGAAAGGCCUUCGACUGCACUUGUGCACCCAAACCCAAAAUCAUUGGCCACGCGAGUUGCCUUAUUGGUGCCAGUGUCCCUUGUCCAGACGAUCCGUCAACGAAAUGCUCAAUGGCUGGUUGUUGUCCAGAUGGCUCGACCUGCCCUUCAGCACCGUUGGGCACCAUGUGUCCUUUUCCCAAAAAGAAGGACUGUACCGGUCAGACCAUCGCCAAAUACGAUGCUAGCAUUGAAGAGUUCCAGCCAAACGUUUUCCGGAGCUUCAAUCCCUACGCAUCUGCCGCCAUUGCAUCUGCCAUGGUGAUUGCUGCCUUUACCUUGUUGGUCGUGAAGGGCCGAAGUGCUUCGAGACACUACAUCAUCGUGCCGGAGGGUGAAGCCUGA